AUGACCAUACGCGAGGAGCUGCGGAGUCGUCAGUUUUGGCGUGGGAUGCUGGCAGAGCUCCUGGGCUCUCUGGUGUUUGUGUCUGCGGUGUUGGGCUCCUCUCUGCCGGGGCCUGACGGGGCCUCAGGAGGAACCCUCUAUCCAGCACUGGCUGCAGGAAUGGCGGCUGUUGGAUUGGGGCACUGUUUUGGAGAGAUCAGUGGGGCUCAGGUCAAUCCAGCAGUGACUCUGGCUCUCCUGAUCACACGCCGGCUGGACGUGUUGAGGGCAGCGGUCUAUAUCUUUGCGCAGUGCUUGGGUGCCAUGCUGGGUUCAGGCAUCCUGUACCUGGUCCUCCCACUCACCUCUGGCGCUGAGAUCUAUGUUAAUAAGGUUCCUCUAGAGGUGAACGCAGGCCAAGCACUGGGGAUGGAGAUCCUGGCAACCUUCCAGCUUGUCUUCACCAUUUUCUCUGUAGAUGACCAACGGCGGAGAGAGAGCAAUGAACCAGGCAACCUGGCCAUCGGCUUCUCACUUAGCGCAGGCAUUUUUACAGCUGGGCGCGUCUCUGGGGGCAGCAUGAACCCUGCUCGCUCCCUCGGUCCUGCAAUUAUAGUGGGUUUCUGGGAACACCACUGGGUGUACUGGAUUGGUCCAGUGUUGGGGGCAGUUCUGGCUGCCGUUUCUCAUGAGUUUUUCUUUGCUCCCAGUGCGUCUAGGCAGAAGCUGGUGGCUUGUCUCACCUGUAAAGACAUUGAGAUCAUAGAAACAGCCAGUGUGUCUCGUUCUUCUCUGUCCACCGUCACUCAGACAGCCAUGAGAGCUAAACAAGCCAAUAAACUAGAGCAUAACUAG